CAGGGGUGAAAUCCAUUGGUGUGUGUUAUGGAAUGAAUGGAAACAAUCUGCCCCAACCAAGUGCUGUGGUGAACCUCUAUAAAUCUAAAAAUAUCAACGCAAUGAGGCUUUAUGAUCCAAACCAAGCUGCUCUCCAGGCCCUCAAGGGUUCCAACAUCCAACUCAUCUUGGAUGUCCCAAAUACUCGUCUCCAAUCAUUGGCUUCUAGCCCUUCAGCAGCUAACAAUUGGGUCCAGCAAAAUGUGAAGGCCUAUUCUUCUGGUGUUUCAUUUAAAUACAUCGCAGUUGGAAAUGAAGUGAUUCCUGGAGCUGAAGCCCAAUAUGUGCUCCCUGCCAUGAGAAACAUCUAUUCAGCUCUUUCCUCCGCUGGCCUACAAAACCAAAUAAAAGUCUCAACUGCAGUCGCCACUUCAGUCCUUGGGAAAUCAUUUCCUCCCUCACAAGGGGCAUUCUCUUCUGCUGCAAUGACAUAUUUGAGUCCAAUAGUUCAAUUUUUGGCUAGUAAUGGAGCACCACUCCUGGUAAAUGUAUACCCCUACUUCAGUUAUGUGAAUAACCCGAACCAAAUCAACAUUGAAUAUGCCUUGUUUACUUCCCCGGGGACUGUAGUGACAGAUGGACAAUAUAAAUAUCAGAACCUCUUUGAUGCUAUAGUUGAUGCAAUUUAUGCGGCAUUGGAGAAGGUCGGAGGGUCUAAUGUGGCGAUAGUGGUGUCAGAGAGCGGUUGGCCAUCAGCUGGUGGUACUGCAGCAACCAUCAACAAUGCAAAGACAUAUAAUCAGAAUUUGAUCAAUCAUGUUGGUCAAGGGACUCCAAGGAGAUCUGGAAAGGCUAUAGAGGCUUACAUAUUCGAGAUGUUCAAUGAGAAUCUGAAAUCAUCGGGAAUUGAACAAAACUUUGGACUGUUUUACCCAAAUAUGCAACCAGUCUACCCAAUCAACUUUACUUGAAAUGCCAGAGGCCAUAUAUAAAUAGUAAUGCCUAGAAUAAACCAUUGGAAGCAAUGGAGUGUGGUUUUUCAUGACCAUUGGUAGUAUCCAUGUUGUAAUAAAGUUCAUCUUACCUGGAAGGUUUCAUAUGAAUAAAUUUUAUCCUCAUAUGAGUUUAUCUGAAA